GUGCAAAUGGCGCACAAAUUUACUGCAAAAGAAGUGCAUGUUAAAAUACGUAAUCUUACACAAAAAUAUAGAGACGAAAGGAAAAAAGUUGGGCCCUGGGGGGGCAGCCCAUCGCUGUUGAAACAUUUUGAUGCGGUCCAUCAAAUUAUCGGACUGACAGCAACGAAUACUGCUGAAGUAUACGAAUCGUUUAUUGUGUCAUCUAUGGCUAUAGGAUCACCAGAACCAAUGUCGCCAGAGCCAGAAGCAAUGUCGCCGGUGUGUACGCCAGUAAUUACAUUGACGAACUCGCCAUUAGUGUCGCCAUUAGGUAGCUCGACAACAGCAGCGGGUGAAUCUCCAAGUAAAAAGAGAAAUUACAUGGUCGAACUAAUAAAAGUGGCAAAAGAACAAAACGAAUUGCUGAAGACAGUGGUGGAGGACGGGAAAAUAUUGACUGAGAGAGUUGUUACUGCAAUUGAAGAACAAAGUAGUAAUACAAAAGAGUUUAUAGGUAUUAUGAAAACUAUUUUAGAAAAAAUGUAAUAAUAAAAUGAAUUUG